UCUGCUAUGGACACACGCACGUGCGGAUCAACACUGUUUACAGUCGGUCUUUAGACUGCUAAUGCUAACGUAAAACAUCGACAUUAUUGUCAAUCUCCUCUAGUCACGCUACAGCGAUGCCGAAAGUGAAAAAAUCCAAAGGUGUCGGAGGAGAGAAGAGCAGCGGCGGAGGAGCAGCGGUGCCGCUGGCCGACCAGAUCCUCCAGGCGGACACGAUCCGAGCCCGGGGCCGAAUGAAGGGUCGAGACAACCGGGCAGAAAGCGAGGACAAGUACGUGGACGAGCGUCUGUCGAGGAAGAUCCUACUUCAGGCCAGAAUUCAACAAGAAGAACUGCAGACGGAGUAUGGCCUGGUGCCUGAGAAGAAGACACCAGUCACUGUUCUCGGUCCCGACUCUCAGGACGCAGACUCGGAUGAAGAAUGGCCGGCUCUGGGAGAAGCAGGCGCUGGUGACGGCGAUGCAGAAGUCAUCGUAGAUCCCGAUGAUGAGAAGGCCAUUGAGAUGUUCAUGAAUAAGAAUCCUCCAAUGAGACGGACCUUAGCUGACAUCAUCAUGGAGAAGAUCACAGAGAAGCAGACUGAAGUAGGGACGGUGAUGUCUGAGGUGUCAGGGUGCCCAAUGCCCCAGUUGGACCCGAGAAUAAUUGAGGUGUACAGGGGUGUCAGUAAGGUUUUGUCAAAGUAUCGCAGCGGUAAACUGCCCAAGGCUUUUAAAAUAAUCCCAGCGCUCUCAAACUGGGAACAGGUUCUGUAUCUGACCAAUCCUGAAACCUGGUCCGCUGCUGCCAUGUACCAGGCAACAAGAAUCUUCUCCUCCAACCUGAAAGAGCGAAUGGCUCAGAGGUUCUUCAACCUGGUGCUGCUGCCUCGAGUGCGGGACGACAUCGCGGAGUACAAGCGACUAAACUUUCAUCUGUACAGUGCCCUGAAGAAGGCUUUGUUCAAACCAGGAGCCUGGUUUAAAGGUAUCCUGAUUCCUUUAUGCGAGUCUGGAACAUGUACUCUGAGGGAAGCCAUCAUCAUCGGGAGCAUACUAACUAAAUGCUCCAUCCCGGUGCUGCACUCCAGCGCGGCAAUGCUGAAGUUGGCAGAGAUGGAGUAUAACGGUGCCAACAGCAUUUUCCUGCGGCUCCUGCUCGACAAGAAGUACGCCCUGCCUUUCCGUGUUCUGGAUGCCUUGGUGGCCCACUUCCUGUCUUUCCGCAGUGAAAAACGCGUUCUUCCCGUGCUGUGGCAUCAGAGUCUGCUCACCCUGGCCCAGCGCUACAAGGCUGACCUGGCCUCUGAACAGAAGACUGCGCUGCUGGAGCUGCUCAAGAUACAAACACACACUCAGAUUUCGUCAGAGAUCCGCAGAGAGCUACAAAACUCGGAGUCGCGAGAUAUUGAAAUUGGGCUCCCCGUUACAUUUGAAAUGGACUGAUUCUGUCCGGUGUGGCAAUUUGUGCCGUUUGCUCAAAUUAAAAGACUGUUAAAUAAAUAUUUCUAAUCCCUGGAUCUUUGCAAAGUCUGAAAGCUGUUUUUUGUCUUCUUCCUGGACUUGUUUGCACAUGUGAAAUGUUCAUCAGUAGCUGUAAUUUCAUAACGCAAGUCUCUAGGCCUGGAAGCACAAACGCUCAUUUGUGUAAGAGUUGUCAUUUUGAAGCGGCAAUUCAG